UACUUGAAGAGUGACAGUUGGAAAUUUCCAAUCACUGGCUCAUUCUAGUUUUCCCAGUUUCCCAGCGAGUGUCGUUUACACUUGGUUCGGUCUCGUGUUGGGUUCGAUUUCGUCGGGUUGGGUUAGUUUAGGUUAGGUUAGGUUAAGUUGUGUUAGGCCCUUUUUAAGUUCCACUAUUUCCCGGCCCUGUUUCGUGGGCCUUGUGGAGCGACGAACCAAAAUAAUUCACUCGGUGACUCGCGGUGGAGCAUUAUCUAUUUUCGUGCUGGCAUGGCUGCCUUAUCUCAUUAACGCUCGAGCUUAUCUCCCUGAGCCUUUCGUCCUUUCUCGCUGUGCGGAACUUGCCGAACUUUGGGCAGCUUUGGGUGCAAGGUUCCUGAAGGGCCUGCCGCGCCCACCGCCGUUGACGUCAUCAGCUUCUUCAUCAUCAGUUCUGCCAGUGUGGCGUAGUCCUCGCAGUCCUCCAGUCAGACCGCCGCCAUGGCCUCGAAGGACUCGAAGGACGUUCGGCCGCCGCCGCUGAAGGAGGUCCGCGAUCUGCAGGCCUUGCUGGCGGCGCAGCUGGCCGACGGCGAGGAGGUCGAGAAGUUCGACGCCAAGCCCGCCACGGCGCUCGGCGACAACUACGGCAGCACGAUGCUCGCCUUGGACAUCGUCAUCCGGAAGAAGAGCUCACAGGCCGGCGACGGCGGCGACGCCACGCGGAGGCACCUGCACACCUUCUGCAAGAUGCUGCCCGACGACCCGGAGAGGCGCGCCAUCUUCAGCGUGGAGGUGACGUUCUUCAAGGAGCUCGAGAUGUACACGCUCGCCGUGCCCGCCAUGCUGCAGCUGCAGCAGGACUGCGGCGUCCCCGAGGAGGACCUCGUCUCGCACCUCGUCCCCCAGUGCUACGGCGGCAGGGUGAGCCUGUCCGGACUGCCUGGCGCCGCGGUGGACGAGGACGCCGCCAUCCUGCUGGAGGACAUGCGGCAGCGCGGCUUCGGCACCGGCAACCGCGUGGUGGGGCUCGACCUGGAGGACGCCAAGCUGGUCCUGGAGAAGCUGGCCGUGCUGCAGGCGCUGGGCGUCGCGCUCCGGAACAAGCGGCCGCAGGUGUACGCGGACACGGUGCAGCGGGCGUGCCGCGACUUCCAGAUGGGCGGCGACGGCACUGCCGAGUUCGAGGACAGCGCGGCCAAGUUCGCCGCCUGCAUCCUGCACAACGUGAACAAGAGCGAGCGCGCGCGGCGCCACCACGACGCCGUGGCCAAGGUGUGCGCCGAGUCGGGGCUCGGCCGCGACGAGAAGUUCCCCGACGCCCGGGAGCCCUUCGCCACCAUCUUCCACAACGACCUGUGGACCAACAACAUGCUGCUCCGCAGGGACGAGGCGGGCAAGCCGCAGCAGGUCGCCUUCAUCGACUUCCAGAUGUCGCGCAUCAACUCGCCGUUCAAGGACGUGCUCUUCUUCCUGUUCUCGAGCGUGCAGUCCGAGGCCUGCGCCGCGCACCUGGACGAGCUGGUGGCGCUGUACCACGCCAGCUUCGUGCGCACGCUGGCGCAGUGCGGCGUGGACACGGCGCCCUUCUCGCUGGCCGCGGCGUGGCGGGAGAUCGACGAGCUGGCGCGCUCCGAGCUGUUCCACAUCCUGACGAUGCUGCGCUGGAUCACGGCCGACCCCGCCACCAUCCGCGACAACCCGGACACCUUCGUGUUCAUGCUGGAGCUGGGCGGCGAGGCGUACGCGCGCAAGGUGGAGCACACCGUGUGCACGUUCGCGGAGCGCGGCUGGCUGGACGCGUAGUGCCAAGAAGACCUUUGCCAAUUUUUAGGGGUUCCGACGAAGGAGGACCCCUAUUGCCCGGGACGGCUCAGAUUCUUAUUUUUUUUCCGGUAUCCUGUGAUUGGAAAAUGGAUCCCGCCAAAUUACUCGUUAUCAUAAUCAAAUAAAAAUUCCUGAAAAUUUCAAAAAUUUA